CAAAAGUGGAUGUACCAGAAGUUCCAGUAUUGCCGAAAUCUAAAGCAGAAGAUAUAUCUAGUUCUGUUACUGAAGAACUUGCGGAUAACAAAUCGAAAUUAAUAGAAUCUGGUCCGAAUGAGAAGGCUACGCAAGUUGCCGUACAACCAAAAAUAUCUACCACUGUUACAAAGCUAACGUCACCAAUACAAUCGGAAUCAAAAACCCAAACAUCUUCAUGGGUAUCUGUAACUAUCAAAGAUAGUAGAUGGGAUACUUAG